GUCCUUCUCGCGGCAAUGCUAGCGCGGCGCGUGGCGCCCGGGCUGGGCGCCGGCAUGUUCAGCGCGCAGCUGCUGGGCGCCGCGACGGGCACCGGUCUGCUGCGGCUACUGGCGCCCGGGUCUGACGCCGCUGAUUUGUGUCUGACAUUGCCCAUGGAUACCUUAUCAGUGUACAAGGCGGUGUGCAUUGAGGCCGUACUGGGAGGUCUAUUGGCGCUAGCCAACAUGGCGUCAUGGGACCCUCGCAAUCGACUGCUAGCCGACUCAUGGCCGCUACGAAUAGGUCUGAGUGUUGCUGGCCUAUCUAUAAUUGCGGGUCCGCUGACGGGUGCGAGCAUGAACGCAGCACGGAGUUUUGGGCCUGCGCUGUGGAGUGGCCACUGGGAGCACCAUUGGAUAUAUUGGGUGGGUCCCCUAAGCGGUUCACUACUGUGCACGCUCCUCUACCGCCGCAUAUGGGCGGUCGACGGUAUGCCGCCGGCGCGCGCGGCGCCCGACGUCACCGCAGCAUUGCCGCUGCGGCGCGAGCGCGGAUCGCUGGAUCCUGCAGUGGAGCCCCAUAAUAAGACCCAUUAUUCUGUGUGA